AUGACUUCUAUCAAGUCAUCUCUAAAGGAAAUUGACGCUGAAAUUUUAUAUCAGACUAAUCCAUUAGCGAAGUUUGUGGAAAAUCAACGCAUAGUUGAAGUGCCUGAGCUUACUUUAGAAUCUGGGAUUACAAUUAGGAAUUUUCCGGUUGCCUAUAAGACAUGGGGAAGGUUAAACGAAGCUCGAAAUAAUGUGUUAUUAAUUUGUCAUGCAAUGACUGGUUCAGCUGAUGUAUCGGAUUGGUGGGGGCCGCUCUUGGGUACGAAUCUUGCCUUUGAUCCAUCGAGGUUUUUAGUUGUUUGCUUAAAUUGCCUAGGAUCGCCAUAUGGUUCAUUUUCACCGUUGUCAGUUUCUGCGGUGACGGGUAGGCGUUACGGACCUGAAUUUCCUCUUUGUACUGUGAGAGAUGAUGUUAGGGCGCAUAAGAUUGUUCUAGAUUCUCUAGGUGUAAACUCAAUUGCGUGCGUUGUUGGAGGUUCGAUGGGUGGGAUGUUGGCUCUUGAAUGGGCUGUUAUGUAUAGCGCUGGAUAUGUGAGAAGUUUGGUUGCCCUGGCAACAAGUGCAAGGAAUUCUGCGUGGUGCAUAUCUUGGUCGGAAGCACAGAGACAAAGCAUCUAUUGUGAUCCAAAAUAUUUGGAUGGCUACUAUUCAUUAGAUGAUCCUCCGAAUGUUGGUCUUUCUGCUGCAAGGAUGUCAGCAUUACUAACAUACAGAUCGCGGGAUAGUUUUGAAACGAGGUUUUCUCGUAAUAGCCCCACAACUGUGGAACAACUAAAGUCAAGCCUGCCUGACAAAGGAAACAAGCCUGAUUUUCAGGAACACAACAUAUCUAUUCAUAAUUCUGGCCAUCAGGGAUUUCGGUUCGAAAAUCGUGAACGAGUUGGCAGUAUUUCUAGUGAUGGGUCAGUGGAAUCUAUCGGUUUAUCUUCUUCUAGUACAUCAUUAACGUCAUUGACACCUGCUGUUAAACGUCCAAAAGCUCUUCAAACGCAUUUUUCAGCCCAAUCUUAUUUACGCUAUCAAGGAGCAAAGUUUACGAAAAGAUUUGAUGCAAAUUGUUACAUUUCUAUUACUCGGAAACUAGAUACUCAUGAUUUGGUUCGUGACCGUCCGCAAUAUAAUGGUAUACAUGAUAUAUUAAACACGAUAGCACAACCUGUUCUUGUUAUAGGUAUUAAAUCUGACGGGCUCUUCACCUAUUCAGAACAAGAGUUUUUAUCAGAACACAUUCCAAAUUCUCAGCUAGAACAAAUUAAUUCUCCUGACGGUCACGAUGCAUUUUUGUUAGAAUUCCGAUUAAUAAAUGAAUUGAUAAUCAAAUUUCUAGAGAAAAAUAUUCAGGAUAUUAUGGACACGGCAGGAUACCCAUGGGAAGAAUCAGUACAGUACGAAGCUAAGGAAUCAGUCUUUGGAGCUUCAGAAGUUACUAAUUGGUAG